AUGAGAAAGAGACAGACAAACACAUACAGACAUAGAUACUCACAUUUAUACUCACACAUUCCUAUACGCAGACUGAGGGAGCCCCAUUUCUGACGGGCCUGCCGAUGGAGUCAGGGAGGGCAACACUGCUCAAAGAGCAGCAACUGAAGGAUCAGUUUGAUAACCUAGAGAAGCAUACACAGUCAGGCAUCGAGUUCGUGGAGAGGUACAGUAAAUUCGUCAAAGAGAGAUCGGAUAUUGAAAUCAGCUAUGCAAAGCAGAUUAGGAAUCUAUCAAAGAAGUAUCAACCGAAGAAGAACUCAAGAGAAGAGGAGGAGAACAAAUACACGUCAUGCCGGGCCUUCCUGUCAACGCUGAACGAGCUGAACGACUAUGCAGGACAGCACGAGGUCAUUGCUGAGAACCUGACCUCUCAGAUCAUCACUGAACUCUCACGGUACCUCACAGAGCUCAAGGCAGAGAGGAAAUCGCACUUCCAUGAUGGACGUAAAGCGCAGCAACAGAUUGAGAGCUUGUGGAAACAGCUGGAGUCGAGUAAACGACGGUUCGAGAGAGACUGUAAAGAGGCGGACCGGGCGCAGCAGUACUUUGAGAGAAUGGACGCCGACAUCAAUGUAACGAAAGCAGACGUGGAGAAGGCGCGGCAGCAGGCUCAGAUGAGACACCAGAUUGCAGCAGACAGUAAGACUGAAUACUCCAACUACCUGACCAAGUUCAACCAGGAGCAGAAUGAACAUUACUACACACUCAUCCCCAAUAUAUUCCAGAAACUCCAGGAGAUGGAGGAGAGGCGGAUCGAGAGGGUGGGUGUGUCCAUGAAGACAUACGCAGAGGUGGACCGUGAGGUGCUGCCUAUUGUAGGGAAAUGUCUAGACGGAAUGACCAAGGCUGCUGAGUCCAUCGAGCCAAAGACUGACUCUAAGCAGGUAGUGGAGUCGUACAAGUCUGGGUUUGAGCCCCCAGGGGACGUAGAGUUUGAGGACUACGGGCCGGGACAGACCAUGAAGAGGACUGUCUCUGAGACCAGCCUGUCCAAUUCACGAGGAGAGGCCAAGGAACGUCCCGGCGGGGGCAAGAGCAAAGGCAAACUGUGGCCUUUCAUUAAGAACAAGAACAAGCUUAUGUCCCUGUUAACGUCCCCCGCACCAGCCCCCCCCGCCCCCAGCCUCCAGCCCCCCUCACCCUGUGCUGUUCCCAACGACCCCCAGUCUCCCAAGCAGAACAAGGAGCCCCUCUCCAACCGCUUCAACGAGUUCAUGGCCUCCAAACCCAAAAUGACCUGCCUCCGGAGCCUGAGGCGAGGGCUUUCUCUCAAGUUGGGCUCUGGACCGGAGGACUUCAGCCACCUGCCCCCAGAGCAGAGGAGAAAGAAGCUUCAGGCCAAGAUAGACGACAUAAAUAAGGACAUCCAGAAAGAGAUGGACCAGAAAGAUGCCCUAACUAAGAUGAAGGGUGUGUAUGAGAAGAAUCCCCAGAUGGGAGACCCUGCCAGUGUGGACCCCCGGCUAGUAGAGAUGGCAAUGAACAUCGAGAAACUGCAGUCCGAGGUCCAGAAAUUCGAGGGAUGGCUGGCGGAGGUGGAGGGGAGGUUACCGUCGAGGAGUGACCCUCCCAGGAGACAGAGUGGUCUGUACGAGUCACAGAACAGCAACAGCACCAUGGUCGACAACAACUGUGCACAGGACAGAGAGAGCCCGGAUGGCAGUUACACAGAGGAGCAGAGUUCAGAGACUCAGGUCAAGGUGGCCAUAGCCAACACUCCAGAGUUUGAUGAUGAGUUUGACGAUGGGGAUGAGGAGACACUGCCCACCAUCGGCACCUGUAAAGCCGUCUACUCAUUUGAAGGUCAUAAUGAGGGGACUAUCUCAGUGACAGAAGGAGAGCUGCUGUUUGUAAUAGAGCAGGAUAAAGGUGACGGCUGGACGAGGGUCCGCAGGAACGUAGAGGAAGAAGGCUACGUACCCACGUCCUACGUCGAGGUCUUUUUGGAGACGAACACCAAAGGAAUACAGGAUUGAGAAUGAGCUGUACCUCCAUUUUCCCUCUCUCGAUUCCUAAAAGUGUGAGAGCUGGCUCAGGAAUGGCAGGGCAAGCAGCCUCAGCGACAGAGCGACCACGUUCACGUUCCUUUACGGUCAGAAAGUCAGAGAGAGCGACAUGACCGAGGCAAAGACAGGAGACCUCUGAUGCAUCUCAAUUUCCAACCUGAUACAUUUGUAGAGUUCUCUCCUUCUGCAACGGUCUCUGACCAGAAGCAACAAUAAGAGAAAAACAAACCAAAUUGAGCGCUCGUAAAUCUUUUAUUUUUUAAUAGGUUAUUACCCAUUUAUCAUUUUGCUUCUUUUGUCUCUGCAAAGCUUUGCUUCUCAAUGUACCAACUCAGCUUCCGCUAUGCGGUGUUACCAUGGACGCUGUUGGCUCUCUCACCUCGAAUGCCCCCCGAGACCCAACCCACUUCCCUGCCACUCCUCCCUAACCCCCCUCCUAAAGCACGGCAGGGUGUGGUCAGACAGGGCCGGGACCAGCUCUGAAGCAACCCAAUCUGCCCCCGACUACACCCCACACACACCAUCCCACGUCCCUCUCCAGUCCACACUCCCAUACAAAUCAAUCAGGUGGAUGCAGUUGCAGAAUCUCUCACUCAUUGACUCAGAGCCAUCAUCGCAGAAGGAACAGUCCAGAUCCAGCAUCACAUGGAGUUUCCAUGGAAACAACACAUUUAUUCCACUCUCUGAUUCGUCAUCUGUAUGACUGAAGUUCAUUUAUAGUGUGUGUACGCGUGUGGGUGCCUGUCAGUAUCAUGUACAUCCCCCAUACACACUCCAUCCAUGACUGAGAAAGGGACAGGACUGGGAGUUCCAGGAACGUGGGGUUGGAGACAGGUUCACAUGACUUCACUCACCUGCACUCUCUCUCCUUACCAUACCAUCAUGUGUUGUUACUGGCAUCCCGUCUGCUCCUCUGGCCACACCCCUCCCCUCCACAGACCCCUCCCCUGCAAGUGUCAGUCGCUGGUCGUUGAGCACCAUGUCACCGCUUAUGGUGGGGCAUCUCUCAGGUGGUGCGUGCGGUGUGCAUGCUUGCCCUGUCUCCUCCUUGGCUCAGGGGGCUAGCUUAUGCUCGUCACCUGGCCUUUUUGGUUUAAGUUAACCCCCACGGCCUGUUACACUUCUUAACCAGUUUAUCCAUUUGUCACCUUUUGGGUUCUGUGCCUGUGGAUCAUCUACUAGCUAUUCCUUAUUUAGUUUUUUGUUGUGGCUGUUUGACUGUUCGUCGUCUCUGAAAGCAUGUUCACCUACCUGUGUUUUUAACAGUGAGUGUGUGCUCUCCCUCACAGUAACUCCUCCAGCUCAAAUCUCACCAGAAUUGAAGAAAAUGUGGGAUUCCAAAAUGUCUGUUUCUGAAUGAUAUCAUGCACAGUAAAACAUUGAAUUUGUCUAUUUGUUAUACUGUAUGUAUGUAAUGUUGUUGGCUGACAUUGUACGUGUUUGAGAAGUGUGUUGAAGGCAAGCGGUCGUUAGCGUCAUCCUGUGGAUACAUGCUGCGGGGUUUCACGUCUCCACUGUAUAUCCAACAAACAGUGUCCCCCGGAAGAGAACUUGAAGAUUAUUUAAAAUUCUCAUGUAGUUUGCUUGGGCCACUUACUACUGCGUGUGGAAGUAUUGUAUACUAUGAUCCACACACUUUCCCACAAUGUUGUGACUGAAUAUGAGACAAGACAAACUUCCUAUUGGGCCUUAUCUGGGUUGAUCCUAGCUACCACUUAAUCUAAAAACAAGUUCAAGUUGUGUCACAUGCACAAGUACAGUGAAAUGCUUAACUUGCAUGCUCUACCCAACUGUGCAGUAAUCAGGGGGAGUAAGAUGCCAUUCUAUUAUCUAUGGUAUGUUGACUAGGUCGAGACAUCUCGUUUUUUUAUAAAGGUGGUGAAGGAAGAUUACUCUCAAUGUCUACAGAGAUGAUGAUGUCCACUGUUUCCCUUUCUUGAACGCAUAUAAACAUUUUAAUUUUGUAAUUAUUUUUUAACAGUGUUCGGUCGAAGAGAUUGCUUUUUAAUUUGUAGCUAGUUUCUAGCUGGAAAACUGUUGCACCUGAAUUACAAACCACUUGAUGAUGAAACCAGUUGUUUGAUCUGCCUGAAGUCACUGUAGAUAAAGUAAUGAAAAACAUUGUUUUGUGUAAUGAAGCAAUUAGUGAUAUUAUUAGCUUCAGGUAUGUCCCAAAUGGCUCCCUAUAUAGUGCACUACUUUUGAUCCGGCUCUGGUCAAAAGAAUUGCACUAUGUAGGGAAUAGGGUGCCAUUUGGCACUCCGCUUUAAGAGUGUUUUGGAAAAAAAUGUAUUCCAGUAUUAUUACUCAAGCAACAUUUCAAGGAGCAGCAACUGAAAUUGUAUCAAUGCAAACCAUGUAUAUUAUCAGCAGAACCACAAUUGAACAGUGAUCCAUCACCAUGUGGAGUCCCAGUUACUUGACAUAAUUUAAAAAGACAAGCAGCGCAAAUCUGCAUGUUCUGUGGCCGAGAACCAGAUCAGGUCAAAGUUUCACAUUGCUAUUCCCACCCGUCCAGCUCUUAUUUUGACUAGUGUAGAUAUUGACUUGGCAGUUGUUUUGUUUGUUUGUGAGAAGGCAAAACUGAUUUUUAUGCAGACCAUCAGAAGGUGCAUCUCUGUGCUGUGCUGACUGACAGACAUACCCACUCAGAGAGCCAGUAUAGAGAAAAAUCUGCCUAUCUCUCGACUGAGACCAACCCAGACCUCCAGCCAGGCCCCAGUGCACCUGUACAAAAGAAAAUGGCUUGUUGAAAUUAGAGAGAAUAUAUAUAAAUAAAUAUGGAUUAAACUAAGACAAAAAAGGAAAUAAAUAUAUUUUUAAGGUUAAGUAUUAAAGGCCUUACUUUGUUUUCUCUGCUUUGCUAAGACUGUUUUUUUUUUGUAAAGUCUGCCAAAUGGUGUGUUUAGCACUUUUGUUUGUGUUCAAGUUGGUAUAUGCUUAUGUUUUAGAGCACUGAAUACUUUGUAUUGUGUUAACUGUGCCAAUUAAAUACAUGUUGAAAAUAA